AUGUCUUGCUCAUCUCGUGUCUCCUCUUCCAGGGCUGGGGGCAGCGGCUCGGUCAGGGUGUCCGCUGCUGGGAGCAGCUUCAGCAGUGGAAGCAGAUGCGGUCUGGGGGGUGGCUCUACCCGGGGCUUCCGAGGAGGAACCGGCGGCUGUGGCCUGAGUCAGGGAUCAAGCAGUGGCUCCGGAGGAGGUUUUGGUAGCUCGGUACAGGGUGGCUCUGGAGGCACUUCAGGCUCUGGGGCUGGCUUUGGCGGAGGCUCUGGCUUUGGUGGGGGGUCUGGCUUUGGUGGGGGCUCUGGAAUUGGGGGGGGUUCUAGUGGAGGCUUCUACAUCUAUGGCGGUGGUCUGGGGGUUGGAAGGGGGGGUGGUGUUGGUGAUGGGGGACUUUUCUCCGGAGGUGAAAAGCAAACCAUGCAGAACCUCAAUGACCGCCUGGCCAGUUACCUAGACAAGGUCAGAGCCCUGGAGGAGGCCAACAGUGAUCUGGAGAACAAAAUCAAGGAGUGGUAUGACAAAUUUGGGCCUGGGUCUGGAGAUGGUGGAUCUGGAAAAGAUUACAACAAAUACUAUCCAGUAAUUGAAGAUCUCCGGAAUCAGAUCAUUGCUGCAACUAUUCAAAAUGCUGGGAUCGUUUUGCAGAUUGACAAUGCCAGAUUGGCUGCUGAUGACUUCAGACUGAAGUAUGAGAACGAGCUGUAUCUCUGGCAGGCCGUGGAGGCCGACAUCAACGGCCUUCGGAAAGUUCUGGAUGACCUGACCAUGACACGCUCUGACCUGGAGAUGCAGAUUGAGAGCCUCACUGAGGAGCUGGCCUACCUGAAGAAGAACCACGAGGAGGAAAUGAAGACUAUGCAAGGAAGCUCCGGAGGGGACGUGACCGUGGAAAUGAACGCCGCCCCUGGCACCGACCUGACCAAGUUACUGAAUGACAUGAGGGCACAGUAUGAAGAGCUGGCAGAGCAAAAUCGCCGCGAGGCCGAGGAGCAGUUCAACAAGCAGAGCGCAUCACUGCAAGCACAAAUUUCUACCGAUGCCGGAGCAGCCAGUUCUGCCAAGAAUGAGAUCACAGAACUGAGACGUACUCUGCAAGCCCUGGAAAUUGAGCUUCAGUCCCAAACGGCCAUGAAAAGCUCCCUGGAAGCGACGCUGGCUGACACAGAAGCUGACUACAUGGCUCAGCUGUCAGAGAUCCAGAUGCAGAUCAGCGGCCUGGAGGAACAGAUCUGCCAGAUCCGGGGCGAGACCGAAUGCCAGAACACAGAAUAUGAGCAGCUGCUGAACGUCAAGACCCGCCUGGAGAUGGAGAUUGAGACCUACCACCGCCUGCUGGAUGGAGAGGGAGGCAGUUCUGGUUUUGGAGGAUCUGAUUUUAGAAACUCGGGCUCCAGAAAUACAGGAUCCAGAAACAUGGAAUCUAGGGAUUUGUCCGUGUCUGGUGACUCAAGAUCUGGAAGCUGCUCUGGCCAAGGAAGAGAGGCAAACAAGACAAGAGUGACAAAGACCAUCGUGGAGGAAGUGGUGGACGGCAAAGUCAUCUCAUCUCAGGUCAGCAAUGUUUCUGAAGUGAAAGUUAAGUAA